AUGACAGACUUUGGUUGUCGUACCAAGGACGGAUCACCCAACAGUUCGCAGAACUACCGCAACCCAAAAUGCCCAAAGAACACUGUAACAUAUAUGGCCCAGCGCAGAGGUCGCGACGAAAAGCAAGCUGACGCUGCCCAAACUAUCAUGCAGCGCCCACCUAAGCCUUUUAGGAAUGCAAACACUCACCAGUCUAAAGGAGAGGCAGUAGCACCCAUGAAGUUUUGA